AUGGGAGCAAGUGAGGCCAGUGAAGAGAACAUUGCAGUAUUCGAGUCAUUCAGGAGCUGCAGUUUUCCUCUAACAGAAGAAUACAUACAUGGUGCUGAAUCCAGUUUAUCCGGGUUAUUUGAACAGUUUCAGAUAAAGGAACUACAGUUCCAUUGGUGUGGUCUGACCUCCUCCUGCUGUGAUGAUCUCUGCUCUGUUAUUACCACACACCACUCUCUGACCACACUGGACCUGUCACACAAUGCUCUGGGGGACUCUGGAAUACACCUUCUGUGUGAGGGACUGAGACAUCCAACCUGUGCCCUGCAGGAGCUGGGGUUACUGGGCUGUGGUCUGACCUCCUCCUGCUGUGAUGAUCUUCGCUCUGUUAUUACUACAAACCGCUCUCUGACCAGCCUGGACCUGUCACACAAUGCUCUGGAGGACUCUGGAAUACACCUUCUGUGUGAGGGACUGAGACAACCAACUUGUACAUUACAAAAACUGAGUUUAUGGAACUGUGCUCUGACCUCCUCCUGCUGUGAUGAUCUCUGCUCUGUUAUUACUACAAACCGCUCUCUGACCAGACUGGACCUGUCAUGCAACGAUCUCCAGGACUGUGCAGAAAAGCUUGAGAUGUGUGUGAGGCCCACUCUGGAACUUCUGGUAAAUCCUGCUAUUUACCACCUGCAAGCCUUACUUCCAGUAGUAAUGGCCGAAUUAACUAUAAAGUCGGAUACCAGUACAUCGGUGGUGAAAUUCUGCCAGCAGUAG